UUCUUUUGCUGAGCUCAACACGGAAAUCUCGAGGGCUACACCAGUAAUGUUAACCAGCUGUAUAGCUAGUCCUGCCGGUCGCGGCUGUCAGUCACUCACCUUGCGUUUUAACUCCCAUUGUAAUAUAGUUAAUUGGCACAGAGCUGAAUGGCAGUGACUGUGUAGUCUAUGUGUCUCUGUUUUUCAUGCAGCUGAGGCCUUAAAAAUGAGAGAAGGUGUGUGCAUCGUGUGACUCAGCUCGUGUCUAGCCAUGGAGAAGCCCUGGAGGCUGUGGGGGGCAAUGGAGCGUUGUACCCUGACUCUGGCCUCCUGGUCCUGGGGUGCCUGUCGAAUCUCCCUUUUGGCCCUCAUUCUCACCUUCCAUCUGUAUGGAGGAUUUUUUCUCCUUGCUCUCAUCCUGGCCUCUGUGGCGGGCAUCCUCUACAAAUUUCAGGAUGUACUCCUCUACUUCCCUGACCAGCCCUCUUCCUCUCGCCUUUAUGUUCCCAUGCCCACAGGAAUCCCACAUGAGAAUGUGUACAUCCGCACCAAGGAUGGUGUGAAGCUCAACCUCAUCCUGCUGCGCUACACAGGAGGGGACACGCCCCCUGGAGUCACCCCAGGCAAUCAAAGCGGCCCCACAUCCUCUGCUCCGCCUACCAUCCUUUAUUUUCAUGGAAAUGCAGGUAAUAUUGGUCAUAGGGUGCCAAACGCCCUGCUGAUGCUUGUCAAUCUGAAAGCAAAUGUAGUGCUGGUGGACUAUCGUGGCUAUGGAAAGAGUGAGGGUGAGCCCAGUGAGGAUGGGCUGUACCUGGAUGCAGAGGCCACGCUGGACUACGUCAUGACCCGUCCUGAUCUGGACAAGACAAAGGUGGUACUCUUUGGCCGCUCACUAGGAGGCGCUGUGGCUGUGCGCUUAGCGUCAGUCAACCCCCACCGUGUAGCAGCCAUUAUUGUAGAAAACACCUUCCUCAGUAUCCCCCACAUGGCAGCGACACUCUUCUCCUUCUUGCCUAUGCGCUUGCUGCCCUUGUGGUGCUAUAGGAAUCAGUUCCUGUCCUAUCGGCAGGUGGCGCUGUGUCGCAUGCCCUCGCUGUUUGUGUCUGGUCUGUCAGACCAGCUCAUCCCACCAGUUAUGAUGAAACAACUGUAUGAGCUGUCUCCUGCACGGACUAAACGCCUAGCUAUCUUUCCAGAGGGAACACACAAUGACACGUGGCAGUGUCAGGGCUACUUCGCUGCUUUGGAGCAGUUCAUGAAAGACCUGCUGAAGAGCCACGCCCAUGAGGAGAGUGCUCAGGCCUCAGCUAGUGUCACCAUUAUCUGAAAAAACAGUCAGUGAGUGACUGUUGACUACAGGUAAUGGGCAGAAUGAAGUGAAGGCUGUCAGAAAAAUUGAAUGGAGGGACUUAAUUGAUUUUUGGAAAGAAUGUACAUUUUCUAUGCUUUUUUUCUGUGUUUUUAUCUUAUUUUACUCUUUCUGUAAAUUUAACAUUUGUCAAAAAGAUUUGACUAUUUCAAGGUUUUGAGAAAGGCUAAUGGCCCUAAUGGGAUCUUUUGUGUUGCAGCUAUGAAUGCAUGUAUUUAUGACUUUUUAUGAAUGAAGCCAGAGCAUACAUGCCCACACUUCAAGACAGGUUGCAACAACAGACGAAUUUGCUGUAAUGGGUCUGCUGAAAUUACUUAAAAUCAAUGAAACUGCUGCACAUAGUAUAAUGACUGUAUAAGGACCAUGUUUCAAUGAAGAUUGAUUACUACUAGAAUUAAAAUGACACUUCUAAUAUACGAAAUGAGACACUGAUAAUAUGUAGGCCUAUACACACACACACACACACACACACUUGUUCAGAUUUAAGUGUUGAGUUGUUUAGGCUAGCAUGAGCAAUACAAGUUUUUUUUUUUUUUUUUUUUUCCCCUGCCCUUUUGCAAGGAACAUUAAUAUUGAGUACUUGCAGCAGUUUGGCAUGUCAUGACAUUGUAGUGAUUAAUAUUCAUAUAUUCCCUUGAAAAUUUUGUCUGGCACAGUAGUGUAAAAAAAAAACUUGUGCUGUUGAGUAACUGUAUUCAGUCACAAAAGUGUUGACUGAGAUGCAGUGGUCAAUACGAUAAGGUGACAUGUUUGGUACUUCUGCCUUUAAAAAUAAGUUCUUGAGAUCUUAUUUCCUGUCAAACUGAUUCUGUUUCAGUGUGAUUGGGAUAAGCUACAAGAUAUUAUCUCUGUUACUUUGCCCUGUUAAAACACAGCUGGCACACAGGAUAGCGUUUACUCUGAAAUGGGCUUGAGUUGCUAUUAAGCAACUUUGGCUCUACUAGUUUGGUAAGGAGCAUUUGUUCUGUUUGUGGUUUGUUGUUAAAGGAUCUGUUCAGAUUUUUUCAAGUCUAUCUUAGUACAGCACUAUAAUACAUUUCUUUAUGUACCCUGAAAGAAUUGAUGGUUGGAGCUGAAACUGACGGUGAAGAGAUACUUUCCUAAAGUAAAUCCGUUGAACAAGAUGGGGGACAAAAUACACAGUCCUCAUUUUAUGAAAAAAAAAGGAUUCCAAAGUUGAGCAGAAGCUAAUAUGAGGCUUCGGCAGUCUGAGUAAGACAAACCAAGUUGGUAGUUUCCAAGGUAAAGUCUAUUGAAUAGAAUAUUUCAUCAUUAUGUUUCCACUAUACUCCAGUGCCGAUCAACACAUCAACAGUCGGGCAAAUUACAAAAGGGGAAAAUUUGGGUCAAAAGAAAAAAAGGAAAAAAAAGACUAACUUUGAAAGAUACUCACUUUAUUUAUCUAACUCAGACUGAUGAAAUUCAACUGAACUUUAGAAUGAAUUUUUACACUGAAAGAGGACUGGCUGUCAUCACUAGUCACACUAGAAACUGAUUUCUUAACAGCCACUACAGCCAUUACAGUGACCAAUUGCUCUUUUGACAUACAUACAUAAGGGCAUUGGAGUAUUGUAUUAAUAUUGUCUUGAAAAGUCUGAACCUAUCUUACGAAUGAAAAAUAAAAUGUGAGCUUUUUUUAAUCAAAUGUUGUAAUUAUUUGUUAGCAAUUAUCAUCUCACCCCAUGCUUGUGUGGCAAAAUGGCUUUACUCACUUGGAGGGCUUUUAAUGAGUUAAUUAACCUUUCCGGCAUGUCUUCCAGGGGUGGAGCAGAGCUUGAUAAUUAAAACACUGUUAUCUGCUCCUGUUUUCCAAAUGCAGCACGCUGCACUGCAGUGGUAUGAAAGCCAUUUGAAUACAGAUAUCCUUAGCCAUAUUUUAUACUGUCCGUAAACAGUAUGCUAAACAAAAUUUAACAACACUAAAAGACCAAAUUUGUUUGUGUCAUUGUGAUAACAACUUGAAAAUUGUUCUGAAGGCUACUAUGAAUGUAAAUUGUGGUCUUAAAUUAACAAGUGUGCUUCAUAAGAUAGAUUUAUAGAUAGUCUUUUCUCCCUUUUGUGUGACAUUUUCCCACCGUUGGCACUGAACAGUUUCAGACAUUUUUGUAUUAUAUCAAAUCCAUAAGCAAUGUUAGAUGCAUUCAGUUUUUUAAAAUUUUUUUAUCCCAGCACAUUUUGGGAGCGCACAUUGCGCAGUCUGAAUUGAACCAUGUGAAUAUACACGCAUUUUGUUUCACAAACUUUGCUUUACACACUUCUGCUUAUAGUUUGCAUUGUGCCAUUUCUUCAUUCAAGAAAAGAUGUGGGAACUUGUCAUUAUUUAUUUGAUUUAUUGUUUUGGUGGCUGACCUAAAGCAAAUUUAAUAAUUAAUAGAAUAUUGGAGUUUUUAAUCCUAGCCAAAUGUAUUGUCCAACAGCCUGUUGAUGAAAAGAAAUGGACUCAAACUGAAUGUUUUUUCAUUUAAAAAAAAAAAUCAUUUGCCAUGUACUGUGAAUGCAUUAUGGAACAUAUUUUUGUAUGUUCAUACGAUUGUGAGUAAAGUGGAAUGAACGCUGAUGAACGAGUUGGCAUAAUUUGGAAUUCACAGGCUGCAUUUGCAAGCUGGGAUGUGAUUACGUUGAGUCUUGGCAAAUUUCUCUAAUGAACCUGCACAGUGUUGAUAUUCUUUGUGUAAAUCUACCACGACUUAGAGUAACUCCACAUUGAGGAAACAUCGAUGUGAUAUCUGAACAGUUAGACAUCUGAAUGAGUCAUCUUAAUCUCCAGUAUGAAGCAGUCCGUUUGAGUGACUUUCCGUUUUAGAGUUGUGUUUCUUUUCUAUUUCAGAAACAAUGUUGACAACUUCUUUUGUAAGCACACAUUUUCACUUUCUAUUUUCUGUACUGUAACAUGCAAUAA